AAGAGUUCUGCCACUCACCAUUCUCCAUAAACAAGACAGAGAGCAAAUGAGAGAGAGGGAUUGAUGGAGGGGGAGGCAUGGAACUGAAUUAGUUAAUUGGAGUCACUGCUUCUGUAUUAUAGAUACAACCUUGUUUUUGUACUCAGACAAAGUUCUCCAGCCACUUACUGACCGUCCGUCCAACCAACCGGCCAGCUCUUGGAGACAUUUCUAUGUUGAGCCUGAAGUGAAGUUUGUGAAAAAGACUUUCUGAAGAACAAGACUUGAGAGUCCACAGCUAACGACUCUAUAAGACACCACAAUACCAAAAGGAUGAACCUUCCUGACUAUCCUGUUCCAAACUUAGAUGUCACCUUGCAAGAAGUGAGUCGUGUCCUCCAGCUCACUUUGAGUCCUGACCUUUAUCCUGAGUUCAAAAAUGUGCUGGAUCAGCAGAGGGAGCUCCUUCAAGAGGCCCAGCAGAAUUUAGCAACUAGACUUGCAGACCAGGAGAACUGGGUAACACAUCAGUUUAAGAAAAGCCUACUUUCGUGUGAUGAUCCCCUGCCAACUUCUACAGCCCUCCCUGUAGUACUUCCUCCAUCCAAAGCAAAGAAAAGCACCCAGCUGGAGAGGGCAGCUGCUCUACUAUGGGCAGCAGCAAAACUGUACUGUGAGCCCUUGCUUCUGGAGGGUGAUGUACCAAUGGAGCGCACACAGCAGUCAGAGGUAUUUGCUGCAAGUCGGAUUCCUGGAAGGACUCAAGAUCAAAUCAUGGUCUACCCUGAUAGUCUACAUGCCAUCAUCACCUGUGUUGGAGGAGUCUUCCCUGUUGACAUACUCUGGCGUCCCAGCACCGGUGGGCCAUUAACUGCGCGACCAGUCAUUGACAUCUACAACCAGCUGGCUCAGGUGAUGGAUGAACCCAGUGCAGGAAAACAGAAUGAUCCUUCAGCCAUUUGCAACCUCUCAGCUCUGGACCGUAAAACCUGGGCUGGCAUCAGGGAACAGAUCCUGGGAAAAGGAGGGGAAGCAGCAGAGUCAUUGGGGCUGAUGGAAUGUGCUGUGCUAACACUCUGCCUGGAAGACCAGAAUGCCCCCUCUGAUGUGGCUGAUAUCCUAAAUUUAGUGAGGCUCGGGGGAGGAGACAGUCCAUGUUUGAGAUACUAUGAUAAGGUGGUAAACCUGGUGGUAUUCAAGGAUGGAACCGCUGGAAUGUUAUAUGAGCACAGUGCAUUGGAUGGGAUGGUAGCUGUGCUUGUGACUGAGCGUGUAUAUAAUUUGUCUGAGACAGCCGACCUAAAACUAGUUCAGACUGCACCUGAAAAUGUGAAUGGGUCUGUCACAUCAAAUCAUUUUAAUUCUGUCUCCCCAAUUUCUCUAACAUUCCCCUUGCAAGGUCUUAACAUCCCAAAAUCAAGCCCUGAUGUAAAAACAGCUCACCCAGUUCUCACUUUUGAUUUGCCCUCCUAUCCUGACGUGUUUUCUACUAUCAGAGGACAUAGAGGCUUGUAUGAUGCCUGGAUUAACUUCUCUUUGCAACUUUCCCUGAGGCAGACUCUUGGGGAAUCUGCUGCCAGUCACAUACUUGUUACACCUACUCAUAUGCGCCACUACAAACAUGGUCGGUGUGAUCCUACAUACUCAAGCACCAUGAAUUCUCAAAGGUUAGUCGGAGCCUUGGCAUCCUGCAUUGGCCCAGAUAACACAAUGCAUUACACUACUGACAUCCUACACUUGUUCCAUGUUGCAUUUUUGGAGCACAAGAGUCUCAUCAAAAACACUAAAAGUGGUCAUGGUAUCGGUCCUCAUCUAGCUGCCCUACGUCACAUUUUGCCAUCUGACAAUCCACUGAAGAAGUUUCUGGACCCCUUUGGAUGUCCGUCUAUUUACCUAACAGGUUCAGAUCUGAUGGAGGGUGUAGAGUGUGGUGUAGGCAAUGUCUAUGCCCAAGAUCAGCUGGCUGUUGCCUACCUUGGAAGAAGAGACAAGGUUCAAAUCGUGAUUAAUGGGAAAGGGAGCUUUGCACCAGUAAUGAAGAAACUCCAGGAAAAUUUGAAGAUAAAUUUGAAGUUAGUGAUGCUACUAGCUGUGAGAUAUGCGCUUGCAAGUCAAAUGGGAGCCCUGGAGCAUCUGUUCCAACAGGGUCAAACAAUGAAAGUGAAUGGAGAUACACACCACUGUUCAGAGAGCCCAAACAGUGCGAAAAUCACGGCUGAUUCUACCUCAGGCAUGAGCCCGGACUAUACUAUAGUGAUCCAUGGUGGAGCCGGAGAAGAUAUGAUGCUUAACACCCAUGUGAUAGGAGUUAUUGAGUUUGCUCUACAGACAUCAUUAACCCUUGGAUCCCAAAUCCUUCAACAGGGUGGCAGUAGUCUGGAUGCAGUGCAAAGGUCAGUGGAGGCUCUGGAAGACUGCUUCCUGUUUAAUGCAGGUAAAGGCGCAGUAUUUAAUAAAGAUGGGAUAAAUGAAUUGGAAGCAACAAUUGUAGAUGGCACCACAAGGAAAUCAGGAUCUGUUGCAUGUGUGAAAAGUGUGAAGAACCCAAUAAAAGCAGCCAGAUGCAUCAUGGAGGAAAGCUCACACUCACUCAUCGUGGGAGAUGGGGCUGAGGAGUUUCUGCAAGUGUCAGCGGAGAAGGAGAUACCAGUUGGGCGUGAUUAUUUCUACACUGAUAUACGCCACAGAGAGUUGACUGCAAAGCUCAGUGGAGGAAAUACCUCAAAAAACAAAAAUCACCCUCAGACGGUUGGAGCUGUGGCCUUGGAUCGUUGGAAUGGGUUGGCUGCUGCAUCCUCCACAGGUGGGUUAACAGGAAAACUGAAGGGGCGGGUUGGGGAUACAGCAGUAGUAGGAGCAGGAAUAUAUGCUGAUGACAAGUUAGCAAUCACCUGCUCUGGAGAUGGAGAUGUUUUUCUAAGGCAUACAGUUUCCCAGAAAAUAGCCAGUCUCUACCAUCACAAAGGCUGUAGCCUUAGGCAGGCAUGCAGAGAGGUGAUUGCUGAAGAUGUGAAUGAUGUCUGUGCAGGUAUUAUUGCUGUUGACACUAAAGGUGAAGCCAUCAUUGAAACAAAUGCUGGUGUGAUGUUUGUGGCCUCCGUGAUAGAUGGCAUUUCACGUGUGGAGGUCCUCAGGCCCCUGAAAAGCUUCUCUAGUGUGAUCUGGGAAACAGAUGAGCUGGUUGCAUACCUGAAUCCCAAUCCCUGGAUCCCUGGAUCAACCAUUCUGACAAGAAAAUCUCUCAGUGGGCCAAACAGCAUCUUCCACUUGGCCACGCCUGAUUUUGUGGCUAUACUAGAAGGAGCCAGAGCUGUGUCAAACUUACUAUGUGAGCGUUUGGGAGUUCAUCGCUGUGCCUUGGUUUUCAAUCCAACCCCUGAUCAUCCAGCACAAAUCAGAUUGCUCCCACUUCAUGGCCUAGAUGCAAAGUGGCAGCCCCAUCUUGCUAGUGAAGAGGAAUUCCAUACUUAUGAUCCUGGCUACUGCAAUUCAAAAAGUGGCCCCAGGUGGGAUGAUGAAGCACUAGCCCAAGUCCAAGCUGAGAUCAGAAACAAAUUACCAACACCAAAUGCACCCUCAUGCUUUGAUUUUUUUGGGGACCCUUGCAAUGAUAACCUAUUCAGCCGUAUUGUACGUGGUGAACAGCAACAGUGGAGAGUGUGGGAAGACAAUGAGCAUGUUGCUUUCCUUACACCAUAUCCCAACACUCCUGGACUUACUGUUGUCGUACCACGCAAACCUCUAUCCAGUGACCUCUUCAGAUUAGACAAAGCUGACUACAAAACAAUGAUCUUAGCAAUUCAUAAAGUUGCCGGUCUACUGGAAGAGGGGAUGAGAGCUCGAGGUGUUGCACUGAUCUUUGAGGGGUUUGAGAUUGAUUAUGCUCAUGCCAAGCUGAUCCCUCUAGUAGCCCCGCCUACUGGAACGCAGCCUGCUAAGCUGCAAGCAGAAUAUUUUCAAAGCUAUCCUGGAUAUGUGUCAUCAUUGGAUGGUUCUGCUGCUGAUCCUGAGGUCCUUGAAAAAACCCACUUAAAAAUCACCAGAAGUAGGCCUCCUCAUUCAUGGGCUAACCCUCACUCCCACUCCACACUUGCCAUCAAGAGCCAGUGGUAUCGCAACAUGUUCCAGAUUCAAAACACUCUUUUCCACAGCACAGUGGAAUAUUUCCACAGUUCCUGCCGUUAUGCCUAUGCCCUGACUCCUCUCACCACAGACACCAUCUCCUCACCAAUGGGUCUGGGGUCUGACUCAGAACCAGUUUCAAUUAAUCUGAUGGGGCAGGACAUCUACCUGGCAGACUCAAUGCAAUUUGUUCUUGAGUACUUUCUUCGCUUCCAAGAGAACCUGCCAGGGACCUACUACAUAUCACCCAGCUUUAGAGGGGAAGAUCCUGAUGCCACGCACCUAAAUCAGUUCUACCAUGUGGAGUGUGAACUGUUGGGUGACAUGGACAAUGCCAUUUCCACAGCAGAGGGAUACCUGGCUCAUCUCACCAAGUCCAUGUUGAAGAAUCACCCAGGAAUAAUUAUCGACACUGCUGGAAGCCUUAAACAUGUUACUGCCAUUAUGAGUAAGCUGAAUGAAAAAAAUGGACUACCAAGAGUGCCUCUUGACCACGCUAUCCCCAUGAUGCCAUCUGCUGACUGUGUAGAGUGGGUCCAAGAUGGUCAGCCCCAGUUUGGCAGAAAACUCACACGCAAAGGAGAGCGGGUUUUGAUAGAAAAAUAUGGUGGUGCUGUUUGGCUGACUGAGAUGGAUCAUCUGGGAGUCCCCUUCUACCAGGCAUAUGUGGAGGGUACUGGCCAAUCCAAAGCCAAAGCUGCUGACCUUCUGUUAGGGCUGGGUGAGACUGUGGGUCUUGGUGAACGUCAUUCCACCCCUGAAAUGGUACAGGAGGCUCUCAGACACCAUACAGUACCUGAACAGUCCUACAAAUGGUACAUUAACAUGCGACAAAUAAAACCGCUCCUCACCAGUGGGUGGGGCAUGGGGACAGAGCGCUACUUGUGUUGGCUGCUUCAGCAUGAUGACAUUAGAGAUGUACCUAUCAUACCUAGGAUGAAAGGAAUGAAAUACAUGCCUUGAGUAUUACUUCUACUGGUAUGUUCAGGUCAUAACUGUAGAUGUAAUAGACUUGAGUUCAAAAAAGUUGAGGUCAAAAAAAUGUAUAGUGUAUGGAUUAAGCAUGUCUCAGUAAUCCAAAGUGGGGGAGUUUUGGGUUUCUUUCAUAACAUCAUAAUUACUGUGUUCAUGAUCACAGCAAAAAUGACUAUCCUUAGUCCUGUCUGACCCUUGUGUUACACAAAAUGGGAAGCAUCAUUACAGAAAAAGAAGUUUUGUAUCAUAAUUAGUCAUUCUUAACAUUAUUUAAUUGUACACUAAAUGGUGGUUUUCUUACUGGCAAAGCUAUAAUAACAAUCUAUGUAACUGUGACUUGAAAAUGCAUAAAACUGUAAGUAUAGCCUGAAUUUUUUUGUAACAUCAUACCUUUGUGCAAGAAUUAUUUAAUAUUGACAGAAUGACAUGGCAUACAUAUAUAAAUUGCAGUCAUUGCAAGGACACCAUUAAUUGAAGCAUUUGUUUGAAUCCUAACUAUUGACCUUUUACAAAUAAAUUCUUUGUCUCUGGACAAUGUA